AUGACAAUACAGUUACAGUGGCAGAAGAAUUUGUAUGAAAAUUAUGGUUUGGCGGAUAAUUAUACAGAUAGUUCGUUUUUGAAACAAUUACGUAAAAAUGUAAAACCAAAUAAUGUGACUUUAUUGGAAGCAAUAACUUUCGGUGCUAGCGUAUGUAUACAGUUAAAUAUUGUAAUUCUUUUUGUUAUCAUAUUUAUUUGGUUAAACAAUCAGUGGACUAGUCCUGAUAUCAUAUUUGUAUUUAGUGUAAUAUUUACAAUAUUCGGUUAUUUGGUAUAUUGUUUCAAAAGGCCAAAUAUUUUGAUUGAAUUAACAAAAUAUAUUAGAACUGUAUUGAUUUUUCUUACAUUUGGAUAUAUUUUAUCGCCUGUAUUAAAAACUUUAACUGAAACCAUUAGUACAGAUACAAUUUAUGCUAUGACAAUACUAAUGUUUAUAGUACAUUUAAUAUUUAGUAAAUAUGGUUCUUUACAAAUUUCUUUAUCUGAUUCUUUAUCCAUAACAUCUUCAAUUUUUGGCUCCUUAAUGUUAGCAUCUAGAUUGGCGUCUCCAUUACAUGCUUUUUCUCUUCUUACUGUUUCUGUUCAAUGUUUUGUUUUAUUACCAUUUUUGACACAUACAUUAAAUAAUAAAAUAAUAAUUUCAAUUUUUUUAACUUUGAGUACAUUAUAUUUUCUGUUAAUAGUAUCACAAAUUCUUUCUUAUGUAUUUAUUGCAAUUAUAAUAUUUUUACAUUUUAUUUGUCCUUAUUGGUAUGUAAAAUGUCAAAAAUAUAAAGAUAACAUUUACGGACCAUGGGAUGAAGCUGUUAUUACUUCUUAAAAAAUAUUUAAUCUAUUUCUGUUCAUUCAUUAUAUAAAAUUGUAAUUUAAAGAAAAUAGAUAUAUCAUAAAUAUCUGGAUAUUUAAUUUAUUAUUAAUAUACAAUGCAAUUAUAUAAAACAAAGUAAUAAAAUGUAACAGUAAAAUUAUAUUGCACAUAUUGUUAGACAAAAUUGAAAAUGAUAUGCAUUAACAUUAUUUUAAAUAUUCAAAUAUUAUUUAUGUAAAAAUAUUAUUUAAUGAAUAUUACUUAAUGAAAGGAUGAAAUAUAUUUUUUCAAUAAAUUAUAUCUAUACAGAAAUUAUUUAUUGAAAACUUUUUUUAUAAUAAAUAUUUAUGAGAGUUUGGAUAAUUAUUUGUUAAUACACUGGUACGUAAAAAAAUAUGUUGUACAUUUGAAUCAUGACAGACACAAUAUUAUUCUACAAAUGUGAACUGUAAUAAUCUUUUUAUUCUUCUGACAAGAGCUUCAACAAAUUGAAGACCUGGACUUUCAAUGGAAUCUUUAUCCUUAUGUUCCAUCAGUGCAUAUUUACUAUGUAUAUUUACUAAUUGUGUAAUAAAGCUAUCUGUAAAUGUAGAAACAA